AUGGCGCAGAAUCACGAAGAUGCAGUGGUGGAGCUGCACUCAACCAUGGCACAGCGACAGGGCUCACAGGUUCAGACCGAUGUCAGUGGUGCCAAGCUGCCCAUCAUCGAGGCUGAGAAGAACACUUCGGGUGAUGUGGAAACACAACAUACCGCAGACGAAUUAGAGCCUACCGAACAUGAAAAGGCAACCCUGCGACACAUCGGAGAUGCCUUCCCAAAGUCUGCAUAUCUUGUCGCAGUUGUUGAGCUUUGUGAACGCUUCACCUACUAUGGUUGUCAAGGACUGUUUCAGAAUUACAUCAGCAACCAUCCUGACGGCCGUGAUGGCCCCCGUGGUCUUGGCCUCGGUCAUGCUGGUGCAACAGGACUGAACACUUUCUUCCAGUUCUUCGCCUACCUCACACCUAUCCUUGGUGCCAUCAUUUCCGAUCAGUAUCUCGGAAAGUACAAGACCAUUGUCCUGUUUGCGGCCAUUUACUGGGUUGGACUGAUAAUUCUCUGGACAACCGCUCUACCAGCUUCGAUCGAAGGUGGUGCCGCUCUUGGUGGCUAUAUAACCGCCAUCAUUGUCAUUGCAUUUGGAACGGGUGGUAUCAAGUCCAACAUUGCGCCACUCAUCGCGGAUCAGUACACUCGCAAGAUCAUGGCCGUCAAGACCCUCCCAUCUGGUGAACGAGUUGUCCUCGACCCAGCCAUCACAUUCCAGCGGAUCUACAUGAUGUUCUACGCUUGCAUCAACAUCGGAUGCCUAUCCCUCCUUGCCACGCCGUUCAUGGAGAAAUACAAGGGAUUCUGGACCGCAUACCUCAUGUGUUUCUUGAUGUUCUGCAUUGGAGUCAUUAUACUAAUCAUCUGCCGUGGACGAUACAUCGACAGACCACCACAAGGCUCCAUCAUCACCGAUUCUUUCAAGGCUAUUGGCAUCAUGAUUGCUAACCGCAGUCUUGAUGCUCCUAAGCCGUCUUGGCGCGCGGAAAGGGGAAAGACGAAGCCUGUACCAUGGAACGACCACUUUAUCGAGGAACUCAAGCGUGCGCUCCGUGCUUGCAAGGUCUUCUGCUUUUAUCCGAUCUUUUGGGUCUGUUAUGGCCAAUUCAGCUCCAACUUCGUCUCCCAGGCAGGACAGAUGAAAGGUCACGGCAUGCCUAAUGACCUAAUGCAGAAUUUCGACCCCAUCUCAAUCCUGGUCUUUAUCCCGAUUCUGGACAAGCUAGUGUACCCAGCCCUACGACGAUGGCACAUCGAGCUCAAGCCGAUCGCUCGCAUCUCGAUUGGUUUCUUCUUCGCUUCCCUGUGUCUGGCAUAUGCGGCUAUCGUCCAGCACAUCAUCUACGCGAGUGGCCCUUGCUACAGUCACCCCGGAAAGUGCCCAGCAGGUAUGGACGGCAAGUCCCCUCUGCCCAACAACGUGCACAUUGUGGUCCAGACACCAGCGUACAUGUUCAUCGGUAUCGCCGAGAUCUUCAUCUCGGUCACGGGUCUGGAGUACGCCUACACCAAGGCCCCUCCAUCCAUGAAGUCUUUUGUGCAGUCACUGUACCUUUUCACAAACGCCGUUGGAUCUGCUUUGAAUGAAGCUCUCGUGCCAGCUACUGGCGAUCCAGAUAUCAUGUACAUGUACACUGGAAUCGCAGUURUCGCAAGUGCUACCUCUGUCAUCUUCUACUGGACAUUCCACCAGUACGACCGAGAAGAAGCGGAAAUGAACGAGCUGGGUGCUCGCGAGGAUCCAUAUGCUGGCAAGGGUAGCGAUGACAGCGAUGCCGGAAGCCAUAACGGCGCACCUCCACAGCAGGAAGCCGAGAAACUCUAG